GAAGCCAGCGUCUCUGAAAAUUAACGGCGGAUUGAAACUGAUAAUCAUAUGGUGGUCUUUAGCUGGCAAGCAACCGUAUCUUUGGUGGAAUUCGGUGAGCACAUUGAAACUUGCAGCUUUAGCCAGUAUUUAUAUGGAGAGUUUCUAUUCAAGUGUGCAGAAGGCGGGUAUCUGAGGAUUCCAUUGCGAGCCCAUAGCAGGUUUUGGAAAGGAGCAAAAGACGGAUAUUUGGGCGUCCUUGUUAAUGAAACUUAGGGUUGCCAUCCAGAAUGCUAAGAUAAAGGCACGGAAUUGUGUCCUGAAAAUGCUAAAGCGGCUGGACAAGAUAAGGUUCCGCGGACAGAAGCGUGAUGAGUUCCUGGACCUGGCUGAGUCGCCGAACGCCUCAGACAGCGAGUGCAACGAUGAGCUCCUAACCAAACCCCGGCCCUCAGUCAAAGAUGCAGAAGAGUUGCGGGAUCCUGCUCCUACAGGGUCCAUCGCUAUGGCUGCUGCCAUUCAGGACUACCAGAGGACAGAGGCAGACAGGCUCAAUGAGGUCAAGGGUCACCUUGAGAUCGCUUUACUGGAAAAGCACUUCCUUCAGGAGGAGCUGAGGAAGCUUCGAGAGGAGAUGAACACAGAGAUGCUGAAGCAGGAGCUUGAUAAGGAGCGCUCCAAAAGAGUUGACCUUGAGCACAAGCUGAAUGAAAUCCUCAAAUCCAGACCAGAGGACUCUCCAACUCUGCCUUUCAAAGCACAAGGCCCUUCUGCCAAUGGUACAGUAGAUAAACAGAAGGAGUCUCUGGGCUCCAAGCUUUGGAAGUGGCUGUAUGAGCGCUUUGGAGUGUACAUAGAAGACUUCCGCUUCCAGCCUGAGGAGAACACCGUGGAGAUGGAGGAGCCCCUCAGUGCUAAAAGAUUGACUGAAAAUAUGAGACGACUGAAACGAGGUGCUAAACCUGUCACUAACUUCAUGAGAAACCUUUCUGCUUUAUCCAGUUGGCACUCUGUCUACACAUCAGCCAUUGCCUUCAUUAUAUAUAUGAAUGCUGUGUGGCAUGGAUGGGCCAUCCCCCUGUUUCUUUUCUUAGCCAUUCUCCGCUUGUCCUUAAAUUAUCUCAUUGCGAAAGGCUGGAGGAUACAGUGGAGUAUUGUACCUGCAGUGUCUGAGCCGGUGGAGCCUCCGAAAGAAGAUCUGACCGUUUCAGAGAAGUUCCAGCUAGUGCUGGAUGUGGCACAGAAAGCACAGAAUCUGUUUGGAAAGAUGUCAGACGUUUUGGAGAAAAUCAAAAACCUGUUCAUGUGGGUGCAACCUGAGGUCACUCAGAAGUUGUAUAUAGGCCUGUGGAUGGCGUUCAUUGCUUCCUGUUUUCUGCCAUACAAACUGCUUGGCUUCUUAAUUGGGCUAUAUGCUGGAAUCAAGUUUUUCAUUAUUGACUUCAUCUUCAAGAGCUGCCCCAAGCUUAGGGACAAGUAUGACACACCCUACAUCAUAUGGAAGAACCUACCGACUGACCCACAGCUCAAAGAGCGAAGUGGUACAAACCUUAACAGAAGGCUGUCUGGCUGUGAAAAGCAGAUCCAGCCUGCGGUGGCCCGUGGCAACCUGGCAGCUGGAGUGCCCUGUGGCAUUGGCCGUGAUGAGGAGAGCGGACGCCUCUACAGCACAAAGAGGGGACCCUUCCAUGAAGUCUUCAACCUGUCAGAAAAUGAGCGCCCCCUACCAGCAUGUGAGAAUGGCUGGCGAUGCUGCCUGAUCAACAGGGACAGGAAGAUGCCCACUGAUUACAUACGCAAUGGCGUCCUCUAUGUGACAGAACAUUACUUGUGCUUUGAGAGCUCCAGCUCCCGGUCAACUUCCUCUAAGAAGAAUAAGGUCAUCAAACUCCAAGACAUUACAGAUAUUCAAAAGUAUAAGGUGUUGUCAGUAUUGCCUGGAUCUGGAAUGGGAAUUUCAAUAGCGACACCAUCCACACAAAAGCCUCUUGUGUUUGGCGCCAUGAUUCACCGAGAUGAGGCCUUCGAAGCCAUCUUCAACCAGUACACCAAGAUCAUCGGCGCCUUCCCCUCUGUCACAGUCAUGAACUCGGAGACAUAGGUGUCACGGGCGUUGCAGCUGAUGGGAGGGCCCUCUGCGCACCUUCACUUUCACAUGCUGCCUGGAAUGCUCAAGCCCCUCCUCCUGCUCCUCCCCCUCCAGCAGAGGAGGAGCCGGGCAACCAGGAGAAAAGAAAAGAAUGGACUCCCUAUCCCAUGUCCUCUCUGUGCUGAGUUUUUAGCAAUGUGUUUUAAACCCUUUUUUAAAGCCCUUUUUUGUGUCCUCCACUAGGACGCUGGCGUCCGGCAUGCGACUUGUGUUUGAAUUCGUCGGCUGACACUGAAAUGCCCUUUUAGAACAGGAGCUGGUUCUCCUGCCUGUCCUUUGGGAACUCUUGUGUGUGUGUGUGUGUGUGUUUGUGUGUGUGUGUUUUUGUUUCACUUUCUAGUUCCAGUUUCUAGUUCCUCCCUACUCUCUAGUUCUUUGUUCUUUUGAAUUGUAUCACUUUUGACCUUGUGCAGGGAGAUGCCUGGUCCUUUGUGGUGGUGAGUCCUUUUAGCAGUGAGAUGUGGGACUUUUCAGGAAAGCCCACAGGCCAACACUUCCCUCUAACAGAGUGAAGCUAGAGUGGCCUUUUGCUCAUGCUCUACUCUUCCCUGACCCUGGAUCUCACAUCACACUCGGAGAUCUGCAUUCAUUUGAGCAUUAUUACCUGAUUAAUUUGAAAGUGUGAAACUUCUUCAUGCUAUGCUCGCUGGGUCAUCUGUAGACAGGUAAAGGCUAGCCGUUCUGACCGAGAAAUUAAUUUCAAACAUGGUAAGCACAAGAGCACCGCGAAGUCUUACGCAUCAACCUGAGGUGCAGGAGGGUUGAAGAAACGAAGCACUGGGUCAAGCUGAACACGCCUGUAGUCUCAACUUUUACAAAUAUGUAUAGUCAUACAUAUCAACCAUCUUUCCAGCAGCCACUUAAACCACUCACAUGAUGUGAAACGAUCUGUAUUACAUAAAUAUGUAGACCACUUAAUGGACAUUUCCCUAUGGUUUCUAGAAUUUCUCUGUAUGUGGCUUCUCCAGAUCUUUAGUGCUUAUUGUUUUUCAAGUGUUUUAAGAUUUGUUUUAUGUAUAUUUUGAACUGUUCUCUCCAGUGUAGGGAAUUAUUCUCUCCACUCUGCAGUGUAGUACAUCUCUCCUGCUGCUCAGUGCUGUGACACUGGCUGUCAGACAUGCACUUUACUCUGCCAUACAUGUUCCCCUGCUCUCCAAGGUGCACCACUGCGAGAAUUUAUUAUUGGGUUUUUUUUUUUUCUAUUUUUUGGUAGGUAUUUCUUUUCUUCUUAGUGCACUCCUUGUUGACACAAAGAGUGCUUUAUAUAAAAUAUCUUUUGUCAGCACAUUUAGGAUUAAAAGUAGACCCUUUCUUUUACUGAGAGAUUUGUUUCUGGUACAAUCUCUUUGAAAAAUUCCACUUCCUCUGUGCACUGAAGUUGGGAUACUCUUAAGUGACACUGUGCUAAUCUCCUCUUUGUAUGAAGGGAGGGGCAUUGCUUAUGUACUUGGUUCAAUGCCCUUUCAGUGGAUCUGGCACAUUUUUCUUGUUAAUUGAUUGUCAGGGUCUCACUGCUGCUUUUCACUUACGCUGUCACUUUUUUAAAAACCACUGAUUUAGCCCUCUCCCCUCUUCACAUCAGGGUGCUGAAACUAACUUGAAAUAUUUUAGUGUGCUGAUUGACCAUAAAAGCAACCAAUUAAUAUGACACUGAGGCACUGCAAGAAGAGAAUAUUAAUUAUGUACCUCAUCUAAGACCUGGGGUUGUGAGUAAUUUGGAUAUUUCACAGGAAUCACAGUAAUCACGAAGCCUCACUGGAGAGCCAGUCAGUGCUUUCAAGAAGAAGCACAGAAUGUUCUGAUAAUUAUCUGCCAAAUAUGUCUGUAUUAGUUUUUGUGCUGUUAUCCAUGUCUUUUUAAAUUGCUCACAGAAUUUUUAGUAAUACUCCAUUGUCUUGGGUUAGUUUGAUCCCCAGAACCAACCGGGGGCGUGAAAAUUGGCCUGCCAUCUUUCUGUGAUUAAAUGGCAAUGUUUUCUUGUUUUGCUUUUAUGUAUGCAAUGUGUUCUUUUUUUUGUUUUGUUUUUUUUAGAGGCACAAUUAUGGAUGGCAUAUGUAGAUAAAAAUUAGUCAUUAAUCUGUCAAAUCCUGUGUUGUGUGAAACUGAUGUAUUGAAUGUGAUCAUUUUAUGUUAAAUCAUGCUUUUCUAUGUGUCUAUAACCCUUUAACCAUUUAUUCUGUUGUUCAAUUUGGAGAGAAGUCAUUGUCUCACAAUUGUCCAGUAAGGUGUAGAUAUAUCCAAUGAUGCAUAUGAAAGGAUUUGUCGCACACAAAAAUAUUUUCAUGUUAAACAAACCUCAAUUUCUGAAAAAGUUGUCUAAUGUAAAUGUGUUGUACCUUUUUGUAGUAAAAUUAUUUAAUAACAACCUACAAUCUCAUUCAUUAUCUAUUAUUUAUAGUUUUAUUUACACUAAUACUUUUUCUCCUUGAUGCCCUAUCCUCCCUAAAACAGCCCAUAAGUCUUAUACCCUGAACGAUGGCUGCCCUGAAAGCUUUUAGCAUGUUUGUUUCCCAUCUCAAAGAUCUGGAAGGGAACAAGAAGGAAGGUUUAUUUUAUAGUUCAGUGCUAUAAUCUGUAUUGACCCUGCCACCCGUCGAGUUUGACUGUAGGUUCCCCUCUUUGCACAGUUAUUUGCAACAUUCAACAAGCUAUUGUUUUUGAACACUAGAGUGUGCCAUUGUUAUACGUUCAAAUUAGCAUUAAUUGGCCUUAAAAUGGCCUGCCCUGGUUUCCGUUGACUUCUGCAUCUGAUUACAUACAGGAAAACAAGGCGUGCUGUCAAUCUAAUAAUAAGAAGGUUAGCUAGAUUGGAGACUUGAAAGAUGAAA